AUGAGAAGAUUGAUUUCCGAGCAGGAGUUCGACAAAACCAUGGAUGAAUAUUAUUCCCAACUAUAUUGCACUGAACCGCCAUUGAAGAACAUGGGAGUUUCAGAACACCAUGUCUUUGAGCCUCCUAAAUUAUCCAGACCCACUGUGAGUGAUCCUUUCGAAUCCCCAGCCUCAGCCUUUCAUGCUGCUGGAACUUACAUGGAUCUUCUUCAACAGCAUGAUGAGCAUCAAGUUGUCAAUAUUCCUGCUUUGUGCUCACAAUUUCCCACUCAUGAUUCAAACAUCUUACUCUGUCAAUCUUCCCACUGUAACUUUUCCAUUGAUUCAGCUCAUGACCAAGCUGGCUCCAACUUCAGGGACACCUUGCAAUCACUAGUGAAAUCUCACUUGUACAGCAAUCAAUGCAUUUCUUCCUCAGAGAAGCCGAAUAAAAUUCCAUGCAACAAUGUGAGCAACCCUUUUCCCCAUUCCCAGAACAUGUUAUUGCUUGGUGAGAAUGAUGCCUUGGUCAGGAAGCAACUUUCGGUUCCUUCUGAUGCAAAUCAGGGUCUUAAUGUGUACAGCUUCAAAGAAUUGUUUGCACUCAUAAGGGGUCGAAUCUUAGACCUGAUGCUUCAUGAUGCACGAGACCAAGUUUGUGACAGUUCAUCAUCCAAGCGAGCUCCAUCAAAUAAAAAACGAUUCAGAUGGACUCAAGAUCUUCAUGACCAGUUCGUCAAGACUGUGGAUCACCUCGGUGGUGCUGAGAAGGCAACACCAAAAGCAAUAUUGAAGCUGAUGAACUUGAAUUUCUUGACCAUAUUACAAGUGAAAAGUCAUUUGCAGAAAUAUCGAACUGCACGGUACAUCCCAGAAUCUUUACAGGAAAACUCUGAGAGAAGAACUAGUGCAAAUGGCACACCUCAGCUCCCCAUGGAAAUUAGCAUGCAAAUGAAGGAUGCAUUGCAACUGCAACUUGAACUUGAGAGGCACCUUCAUCAACAAUUAGAGCUUCAACAAAAUUUACAGUCUCUAAUUGAAGAAGAAUUGAGGAAGCUCAAGAUGAUCUUUGACCAGCAACAGAAUAUACACAAGAGCCUGUUCAAGACAAAGACUUGA